UUAUCAAAACUUUAUAUAAAUCUACUCAAAUUCUAAUCCUAAGCACAAACAUCAAACUUCCCUUCAAAAACAUUCCCGAUAUCGACUCGAUCAAUUCAAAAUGAUACGGGAAUUAUGUUUCCUCGUUCUCUUUUCUGUCUCUUUGAUUUACGCAACAUUUGCACAAGACCGAGCACCUCAUGGGCUUGCUUACCAAAACCCGGUUGCCUUUUCUCCUACGGCAUAUGAUUUCUUCCACCCGAAUGGAAGAAACCAAGACCCGUGUGUUUCCUCUAAGUGCUCACCAUUUCCGCUAGCAGCACAAGUACAUGAGGCGCAAGCACAGUCGACUGCAGCGACUGCACCAAGAACGCACUCAGGUGGGAUUGGAGCUGGUGCCGCAGUAGCCACUAUCUUUGCAGCAAUAGUUAUCGUCUGCCUGGCAAUGGGCAUUUACUACGUUACCAAGACUCGUAAGGCCAAUGUCAAUCGUAAUAAAACGGUUCAAUCUCAUGUUUAGAAAUCAUAAUCCACCCUUGUCCUUCCUGUACCAUAUACAGGUCUCCUCCAUCUAGCAACUUGCUCGUGAGUUCACGAGCAGUAGGAUUUUUUUUAAUAUUUAUAAACAGAGGAGUUCAUUGUAGUAGUUUCGGAAACAUCUUUGUAUUACACAAAGGAUAAGGUUGCGUACAUCAGAUUUACGGCCUAAGUAGAGCCACUUAAUGGCAUUGUAGUACUAGAAUAUGUAGAAGUUUAUUGUGCUACAUUAGUGAACAUGCGAGAUUUUUUAGUGUUAAUAAGCUCAUUUCUUACGGUUUACUA